AUGUCGCCAACAGAAUCAUCCCCCCUCAUAGAACCUCCCACAGAAAACCCCUUCCCAGCCUACGACUCCAAAUCCAUAGAACCCCCUCUGUCCCACACCCGCUACGACUAUGGCCCCAUCCUGCGCGACAUCAUCAUCGGCUUCUCAGACGGUCUCACCGUCCCCUUCGCCCUCACAGCCGGCCUCUCCAGCCUCGGCAGCACCAAACUCGUCAUCAUAGGCGGCCUCGCCGAACUCUUCUCCGGCAUGAUAUCCAUGGGCCUGGGCGCGUACCUCGCCGCCGCCACCGAGCGCGACACCUACACAUCCCAAGAGGAAAAAGCCCACAAACCAAGCUGUCUAGCGGAACAGCGCUCCGAAAUCUACAACAUCCUCGAAAAGUACCACGUGUCACGGGCGGCAGCCACCCCCUUGGUAGAUGAGCUGUGCGCAAACCAAUCCCAGUGGGUGCGCUUCAAGAUGGAUUUCGGGCUGAAGAUGGAGGCCCCGGAUGUGCAUCGGGCGUGGAUUUCGGGGCUAACCAUGGGAGUGAGCUACUUUGUCGGCGGGCUGAUUCCCAUGGUGCCGUAUUUUGUGAUGGCGAGUGUGAGGGAGGCGCUGAUGGUGAGUGUUGCGGUGACGGUGGUGGUUUUGCUGGUGUUUGGGUAUGGCAAGAAUUGGGUGGCGAUGGGGGAGCAUAGGGCGGGUGUUUGGGGCGCGGUGCAGACGCUUGUUAUUGGGGUUUUGGCGGCGGGGACGAGUUAUUUGAUUGUGAAGGGGUUGGAUGGGGGUGUUGAUGUGUGA